AUGCGAGUACUGGUGUCGGCGUUAGUCGUGCUUGUAUGCACCAUCCUGUGCGCUGCCCAGGACUUGGACGCCGAAGCGCGCGACCGCGUGGAACGUAUGAGCAUCGACCAGUUGCUGGGUCAAAUGACGCAGGUCACCAUUAACUUCGUGGUGACCUCGGAGGGCGGAGGCAAGGGGCUCAACGAAGACAAAGUCCUGGAAUUGGCCAAGCAAGGCAUCGGAUCGUACCUGAACACGCCGUUCCAGACUGCUCUUGGGGACAACUACGGGUGGAACGUACAAGAGUGGCGCGAGGCCAUCGGCCAACUCCAAGACGUCCACACCCGCACGAGCGGCACGCCAAUCAUCUACGGACUGGAUUCGCUCCACGGCGCCAACUACGUCAAAGGCGCAGUUCUCUUUCCCCACCAAAUCAACGUUGGCGCGACGUUCGACCCCGAGCUGGCCCGUCGAAUGGGCCACUACGCUGGGCGCGACACCAAGGCGGCGGGGGUUACUUGGAUCUUCGGUCCGACUUUGGAACCUGUGCGCCACAAGGGGUGGCCGCGCAUCAUGGAAACGUUUGGCGAAGAUCCGACGGUAGUGGCGGACAUGGGGAAGGCGGCGAUCGACGGCAUCCAGAGUCAGGGGGUGGCGGCCUGCUUCAAGCACUUCAUCGGGUACUCGGCCACCAACAGCGGCAAGGACCGCGACCCGGCGUCCCUGAGCGACCACGAACUGCUCAACUUGUUCAUGCCGCCGUUCAAAGCAGCGAUCGAUGCGGGGGUGAUGAGCGGCAUGGACUCGUUCUUGUCGUUGAACGGCAUCCCCAUGGCCGCUGACCGCAAAAACUCCAUCCAGUUCCUCCGCAACGACCUCAAGUUUGACGGCGUGCUGGUCAGUGAUUGGGAAGAAAUCUACAUGAUGGAUUUCCAUCACCACUACGCCGCGAACCGCAAGGACGCCGUGUACAAAGCCAUGACGAACUCGUCCUUGGACAUGAGCAUGGUGCCGUACGACACGAGUUUCAUCGGAUAUAUGAAAAACUUGAACUCCGCGGGGGAAAUUCCCCUCGACCGCAUUAAGACAUCGGUGACCCGUCUUGUCAAGAUGAAGCUCAAGCUCAACCUGUUCGACGUGCCGGUGCCGGGGGCCGAUGUCGCCGACCAGGUGGGCGACAGGCCGAGUCGGACGGCGGCGUGGGAGAUUGCCAAGGAGUCGUUGGUGUUGGCGAAGAAUGUCGACAAAGUUCUGCCGCUAGACAAAUCCAAGAAGUUCUUCCUCACGGGCCCAUCGAUCGACGACAUUGGGCUCAUGUGUGGUGGCUGGACCUUGACGUGGCAAGGCCAGCAAGGCAGCUCCAUGUUCCCCAACCAUUUGCGCACGAUCAAGGGUGCGAUGAUGGAUGUCGUGAACGAUACAUCCCGUGCUGAGUUCUACCAAGGGGUCGACAUCAAUGGUACGUGGUCGGACAUCAACAUGGCCAUGGAGAAGGCCCAAGCCGCCGACUACACUGUGAUCGCUCUGGGGGAGCGGACGUACGCCGAGUUCAAGGGCAACAACUACACGUAUGAACUGCCCUCUGGACUGACCGAGUACGUCAAAGCUCUUGCCACCACGGGCACGAAGAUCAUUUUGGUGCUAGUGGAAGGGCGUCCUCGCUUGUUAAGUGGCAUUGCAGACAUCGCUGCAGGUGUGCUGUAUGCUGGGCUGCCCUGUGAAAUGGGUGGCGAAGCUAUCUCGAGCGUGCUGUUUGGUAGCACAAAUCCCAGCGGCAAGUUGCCGUUGACGUACCCUAAAUCAACAGACCAAGUCAACUUAGCCACCCCGUACUAUGGGCGAAUUGGCGACAAUUGCGUUGUGGGUGGAGUAACGACCAACUGUCCGGUGGAAUGGCACUUUGGGCACGGGUUGAGCUAUACGUCAUUUGGCUACUCCGACGUUCGCUUGACAGCCACUAAUCUGACGCCGUCGCUGAACCAAACUGUGGUGACCGUCACCAUUACAAACGAGGGCGAAAUGACCGGCAAGGAGUCGGUGCUGCUAUUUGUGUCGGCGCCCGGGGGUCCCGAAACGAGAUUGCUCAAGAAGUACACCAAGGUCGAGUUGACGUCAGGGCAAGCCACGGACGUGAGCUUUACGCUCUCUCCGGAUGACUUUGGCAAAUACGUCAAUGAAAUUGGUCAAGGGUUGCGUAAAGAGGCGACUGCUGGGACGUACUACGUUUCACUCAAGUACGACACCCUUUGCAGCGAAGCCACCCUUGGCCCCCUCUGCAAAGCUUUCACGUGGAGCCCCCCCUCGACCACUACUCCAACCGAUACCCCAGCAUCUUGUGCCAAACUCGAGAUUUUGCUCCCUCCUCCCUCCUUGACCUUUUUUAUCUUGGUUUCAUUAUACAUGUCCAUAUAA